AUGCCUAUAUCUCCAGUGCUUGUUUCUCACAAUCUAUCACCAUCAAUGGACGCUUCAUCCGAUGAAACAUCAGCACCAUCUGACGAUGAUGUAUUUAAAAUAUUAAUAACAACUGAUAAUCAUUUGGGUUAUUCCGAACGUGAUGAUGAACGGUCACGAGAUUCAGUGACAACAUUUGAAGAAUGUUUGCAAAUAGCAAAAGAUCAAAAUGUUGACCUUAUAUUAUUGGGUGGUGAUUUAUUUCAUGAAAAUAAACCAUCGAGUCAUGUAAUGUUAGAAUGUAUUAGUUUAUUACGAAAAUAUUGUCUAGGUGAUAAAACAAUUGAAUUUAAAUUAGUUAGUGAUGAAAAAAUUAAUUUUUCAUCAAAUCAGACGAAUUCAUUUCCAUGGGCAAAUUUUAAAGAUCCAAAUUUGAAUGUUUCAAUACCGGUAUUUUCAAUUCAUGGAAAUCAUGAUGAUCCAUCAGGUGCUAAUCCAUUAUGUCCACUCGAUCUGUUAAGUUCAUGCGGUCUAGUGAAUUAUUUUGGAAAUGUUCAAGUUUUAGAAAAUAUUAAUAUAAAUCCAUUAUUAUUUCGUAAAGGUGUAACAAAUUUAUCCAUUUAUGGUUUGGGUUCAAUACGUGAUGAACGUUUACAUCGAAUAUUUCUUAAAAAUCAAAUUAAUUUAUUACGUCCAACUAAUACACCCGAUGAUUGGUUCAAUAUAUUUGUUAUACAUCAAAAUCGUGUAGCACAUGGUCCAAAAAAUUAUAUACCUGAACAAUUUUUACAUGAAUUUUUGGAUAUUAUUAUAUGGGGUCAUGAACAUGAUUGUCGAAUAACACCAGAGUUUAAUACUGUGCAAAAUUUUUACGUGAUACAACCAGGUAGUUCAAUAGCAACAUCGUUGAGUGAAGGUGAACAAUUACAAAAACACGUUGGUAUAUUGAAAAUUUAUA